AUGUCUACCGUCAUCCGCCGUUUCAUCUCUUACGUUGGAAAGUGCUCACUGAGCGACUUUAAGAACCCAACCCAUGCAACCCUGGUUGACACCUAUUGCAAUGACCAGGAGAAACGAGACCCUCGCAUCAAAUAUGCCAGCAUUGAAGGGACGGAGUUUCAUCAAUCUCACAAAAGACCGGACCGAUCCGAAGCAGGUGCUCUCCAUUAA